AUGGGCGAGCUGCUCAGGCGCUGCUCCGGACUGGGCACGAAGCCUUCCUGGCAGCACCGGUGGUGGCCCCUGCUUCCCUGUCACCUCCCGGUGCCUGGUGGGGUCUGGGCCCCCGUGGCGCCCAAAGUGCAGGUGUACUCCCGCCACCCCGUUGAGUUCGGCAGCAGUAACAUCCUCAACUGUUACGUGGAGGGCUUCCACCCUCCCAAGAUCGACAUCACCCUCCUCAAGAACGGUGAGCCCAUGCCGGACGUGAAAUACUCUGACAUGUCCUUCAGCGACAACUGGACUUUCCAGCGCCUUGUGUAUGCGCCGUUCACCCCCAGCAAGGACGACGACUACGCUUGCAGGGUGGAGCACGUCACCCUCGCGGAGCCGCAGACUUUCAGAUGGGAUCCAGAGUACUAAGCUGUACUUAGGAUGACCAUGGUUUGAAGGCUUGCAAGCUGAAUGAUAUUAUGCUUCUGUCCUUUCUUCAUGCCCCGCUUGCACUUGUAAUGGAGAAGAGGAAUCAUCUUGAUCUGAUACAAAAUUCCCUCUCUGUCGGAUGCUAUCUGCUAGGGUUAAUUUCUAGCAUUAACUCAGUGGAUUAUAUUCCUUGCCUUGUUUGCUGUGGAAUUAAAACGCUGAGGAAUUGAAAUUGGAGGAAAAGCAUGCAGAGGGCUCUAUGCCUUUAAGGCAUAUGGUGGAUGAUCUGCAAGUAUCGAUAGCAAGUAAUGCUAUUGAAGCUUCUCUGAACUGGCAGUUAUGAUGGAGAUCCAAAGUGAAUUGAUUGGCCAGGAAUCUGAAUUUUGUAAAGAAUUUGCCUAUUAAGAAAGAUACGUGAUGUGAUUCUGUACCGUUCAAACCUUUACAAACUCUGCUCUGCUGUAGCAUCUGCUUGCCCUAAUAGUUUUAGCUGCAGCCACAGCUGUCUGGGUCGGUAGGAGCGCUUUCAAGAACAACUAUUAAAAGCUUUUCAUUAAAACAUAACCCUUUACUACAGGCAGUGUGCUAGCUAAGCAUUCUUUAAGCAUGUAACUAUAUAUGUGAUUAAAAGAUAGUGUAACUUUGUUAAUGGUCUGAAUUGUACAGAAUGGUUUAUCUAAAUAUAAUUGGAAAACUUCAAUGAAUCCUGUCUUUCUGAGUAGGAGGCACAUGUUUCACUGGGGCCAGUGUGAAGAGCUGUGCUUGCGUUUAUGUUCAUCUCCACAGGGGCAGGAGUGCAAGGCUCCCCUUAGCUCUGUUUGCCUUUCCAGAGUGCUGCAGGCCUGUUUCUUCCUCCAUUGUUAUGUAUCAAGUAAAGGAAUCCUGAUA